AUGGGGAAACCCAAAAACUCAACCGCCGGCAAGACAAAGGCCGGCCUUGGAACUAAUAAUGGCGGCGGCAACGCAAAGUUGACCACAAUCGCCUCGAUUCCUGCCGCACCGCCCGCAUGGCCCCAAUUCAAACCGCCGUUACCGGUUACCGAUCUGGCUGCCGACCAGCUCGCUUCUUGCCCGGACAAGGUCGUCCUGAUUCGCAACUUUUGGCCAAAAUCCCUCUGCAGUUCCUAUGUCACAUUUCUGAGGGGUUUACCGCUGAUCACCACCCCUGGUCGGCCUAAGCGGGGAGAAGCGGUUAGAGUGAAUGACCGUUUUCAAGUGCAGGAUGCUGCCUUUGCUCAACGCCUGUGGACGGAGACUGGACUGCGCGAAUCGCUUGCUCAAGAAGACAUUCAGGGUUUAUGGGGCGGUGAAGUCGUUGGUCUGAACCCCAAUAUUCGCAUCUAUCGUUACUCCAAGGGCCAGUAUUUCGAUGCACAUUGUAAGUCUCAUAGUCAAAUCAUUCUCUUGUCACCCAACGCCACAGGCGCCGGGAGCACUAGGCACUCUGCCAGUCAACCAACAAGAUUUCCGCCGCUCUAUGCAACUAGGCCAGUGGCCAAGUGCUUCGAGGUCCUCGCGCGAUUGCCAUAG